AAUAAACGGAAAAAGUUUUCCCUUUUCAUUUUCCUUCUAUCCUUGGGGGGUAGGAUAAGAGACUAAUUGUUGACAAGACAGAAGCCCUGCAGUAGGAAUGCUAGUAAUAAAUGGAUCCAUUCGCUAAGAAACGAGAUAAACUUGGAAAACAUCUAUUGCCACUUCAUUUGCUUUCGAUACAUCUCGUUAGUUGUUCCUCUUUGAUCCUACAGUUUAUCUAAUCUUAGAAAGCUUUUAAAACCUUCAAGGUUUUCGGUGUUUUCAUACAGGUGAAGAUGACUUUCCAACUCAAAGGCGUAGCAGAAAUGUCAGCUAAUAAUCAGAUUAAUGAAAGACACGAUGAGGGCUACUAUGAAGGCACCGAUGGAGGCAAUUCAACAGAGUGGCUAAGCUUGAGUCUUGGCAGGCAUGGGGAUAUCGUUGCUUCAAAAAGUGGUUUCCAAUCAAGAUAUGGUCCCAAUAAGAUCUUCUCCUGCAACUUUUGCAGAAGAAAGUUCUGCAGUUCACAAGCACUUGGUGGCCACCAGAACGCCCACAAAAGGGAGAGGGGAGUAGUUAGACGAUACCAAUCUGAGAGACUGAUGGCAAUGAUUGGUUUGCCUGUAAAUAAGCCAAUGAUCCAGCCACUUGGUGUUCAGCCCCAUUCACUUAUGUGCGAACUGAAUAAAGAAUGGAGACCUGGUGCAAGAUUCAAUGAUUCCAACAAAGAGAUUGUGGGGGCAUGGACAGGAUCCAUUGACAGAGAAACAACUUUGAAGUGGCCAGGAAGUUAUCAUGUGGAUUCCCAACCAUCUAAACCACGACCAGAGUUGCUGCCAAUCGACUUGGACCUCCGGCUAUAAUUGCUGCAUCCUUAUAUAAAAUCAGUUGAAAAUGUUUCUCUAAUACCUAUUUCAUGAGGUUUCUUGUAUACAAGCAAAACCCAAGCUCAAAUCACUCCUUUCGCAUAGAUCUGUUUAUAAGAAUUGCUGGCAGUAUUAUUUCAUACUUUUAUUAGAGCUGCACAGGGCAGCCAAUUUUCAGGUAAAGAUCGCUUUCUGCAAGAGAAAGUUCAG